CAUUUCCUGUCUCGUGAAGCUUCCGGUAGAUGGUGAAAAUCUUUCAAUACUCAAACACCCCUAACAUGUUUCAUUUGAAAAUUAUCACUUGCUGUGUUUUGAUUCCAAUCGUUUUUUCAAAGUGUCAGUUUGCUGAUGAAAACCACCAUUCUAAGUUUUUCAACAAACUGGGUCAAUUUAAUGAAAUGUAUAGUUACCUAACAUCUUUUCAACUAAUUUUAUAUAUACUUUAUACUUAGAUACAAAACCACUGACAAAGGAUAUACAUAUCAAGUAGGAAUAUGUAAAAGUGUAAAUGCAGAUGACACAGGAAUUUUGCAAACAAAAGGAAUAAAUACGAUCGAUCUUGGAAAAAUUAACAGUUCAAUUUUUAUCUAUGGAGGUCUUAUUGUAAUUACCUCAUUUGAAAAAUUUUCAACAUUUCCUUUCAAUUAGAUAAUUGGGCUUACUUGGAAUAUCAAAAUGGAGAUGAACACCUUUCGGAUGUCUGUUCAGAGGGAAGAAAGCGUUCUAUCAUUAUGUUUAUUUGCAAUGAAAAUGAAAAAGAGGGUCGUGUUAAGAUGAUUCGAGAAGUUCGUGAGAACACUAAUCGUUGUUACUUUCUAUUUGAAUUCCAGCAUCAAUCAUUAUGCUCAGCUAAAAGUUUCAGUGUUGGACUCAUUUUAGUACUUAUUCUGUUUUCACUUGGUAUACUCUAUAUUUUGUGUGGCGUUUUAUAUCGACGUUGUAUUGCUGGAGCUAAGGGAUGGGAUCAAAUGCCAAAUUAUGAGUUUUGGACAGAUUUUGGUAAUUUGCAAGCGGAUGGUUGUAAUCUAAUCUGUCGACGAAAACAGCCACAAAGUAACUAUUACAGAGGUAUUGGUGAUGAACAAUUAGAAAAAAGCGAAGAUAUUGAAAGAGAUGACCAUUUGCUUCCUAUUUGA